UGCGUCAAACGAGUGACGACCCCACGCUGCGCUCUUCCUCCCGGAACCCCCAAUGGCUUACCACCUCGGCCUCGCGGGCGCCACCGCCCGCGUCCCGCGCCUCGCUGUGCGCGCCUCCGCCUCCGCCUCCGCCGCUGGGAAGCCCGCGCGUCGCAUCAUCCGCCGCCGCGCGCCGCCGGGGCAGCAGGCCUCGGCCCCCGCGCCCCCAGCCCAGCCGUCCGUCGCGGAGGUGCGGCGCGCCAUCGGGGUCGCCGACGAUGCCGCGUCCGCCGCGUCAUCCAGGGAGGCGAAGAACACUGCGUUCAUGGACCUCAUCGCCUCCACCCCCAUCGGGCAGCCCGAGAGCGAGCCCGAGCGCCGCCUCCGCGAGGCUGCCGAGUGGGUCGUCGACACCACCGAGACGCGCGCUUGCCAAGGGCAGAAGUCUUUCUUAGUGCUAUGCAUGAUGACGUUUCCUGCGUGGUUCUUGCUCCUGUUUGUUGCCCUUGGAGUUAUAAAGCUACCAUUUGAUAUUCCGGGUCUGGAUAAUCUGCUAAUGUAAGGUUUUAGUUAUUAUUGUUUCCCAUUUUCUUUUCCAAUUAUACGAGAUGCAGACUCUGAAAAUGGAAAGACGACAGUAUAUAUGAGUUACUACUGAAGUUACUUAAGUUGUAAGUUAUAACUAAGUUUGUAGUUGCAUUUCUUGUUCAUCUCUCUACAAUUGGAAUUAUAUGUUGAUAGCUUUAUUUAUUGCUUCCUAGGGAAGAAAGCAAAAGCGAUUUUCACAGGAGUUAUUUAUGUGACUGGGAAGAAUAACUUGCUAUCUUUCUGAUAUAGUUUCAGUGGCAGAGGGUGCUUGGGGUGCUGCAGCACCCCUUUGGCCAAGUUAGCUCACAAAAAUCUGAAGUUAGCAAGAUUAGAAGAGGCCUAGCACCACCCAAUUCUGGAUCCUCCCCUAAUAGUUUGGCAGUUAUACACCUUAAAGUAAUUGAAUCGGUUGUGCUUUUUCACACCAUCCAUGACUGUCAACAACUGCUUGCUCCUUAUGGGCUCUAAACCUGACUUCUUCAGUUGAUACCUUGAUGAGUUAUAAUAGUUUGGUGAAUAACUCCUUCGCAAUCGAGUAACUCAAGUGAUCAAUUUUCUGUUAAUUCCAUCUCCAAUUCAUCAACUUGAAUCUAUUGCAACUAAAACCCAAGCGGUUCAGUUCAGGGACUCUAUUGAGUAAAUGAUUCAAGUUUGUGGUAUAAGAUAAGCAGGCAGCUUUUUCAUAUUCAAAUGAUUCGUGUUCAAGGACUCUAGUGGGUAAAUGUUGCAUAAGGGGUUGUUUAGUGUACUUCUUUUGUCCAUAUUGGAUCAAAGUUGAAACUGGAAGCCAGGAACUAACCAAACAGUACCGUGAACAUUCAUUGUCACAUUCUCUCUUUGACCAAUAAUGCACUUAACAGACUUGUUUCUUGUUAUCAUUUGGAAGCUACCUUUAAGGCUUAACCAUAAUUUUUCUGAGGGGUAGGAGGAUAAUAAUCUUAAUAUAACCAGACUAGGCUAGCAACCUGUUGCUUUACUCUUUUACACUUCUGACCUGAAUGUUCUGCUGGGAAAUGAAGAUUGCAGAUUACUUUUAUGCAGUUUUCAUCAGGUAUUCAGGUUACAUAGACACUCGCUUACAUUGUGAUAUCUAUCUUACAAUACAUAAUUGUAAUAUAUUUUUGUAAUGUUCUCUCUUUUUGGAGCAACGAUGAGGUUUUCAGCUGUGUCAGUAGAUUUUCUACUGUGAAUACUUUCUUAUUGCCCUGAGCGUUAAAUUUUUUAAGCUUAUUUUGAAGGGACAGAAGAUGGAACAGGGUGCUUGAGUGGAGAGCUAAGAAAACUUCAUUUGAUUAACUUUGUGGAAUGUCAGGAAUGUGUCUAAAACCAGAAUGAUCUAUGCAGAAUUUGUGCACCCUGAGAACCAUUUCAUCAGACACAACUAAAGAAAAACGGAUCUCUUUUAGUAGAGUUUGGAUAUAUGUACAAUCAGUGAAAUCAGACACAAAAUCUAGCUCUGGUAACAGUUGCAACAUCUUCUCAGAAGCAAGCUGAGAGAUUAAUUUCACAGUUCGUGAGUUUCCCACUUCAGCUUAAUGCUUUUCCUCUUGUUUGUAACACCUGGGGCGCUCUUGGAGUUUCUGCAUUGGCUGAAGGAGCUAGGCUGUAGAUCUUGUGGAGAUGACAAAUGUAAAAUCGUAAUUGACACUGACGGUUCUGAUAAACCUCCCCCUUCUUACCUUCCUUUUCCUCUCUGCUCUCAUGUCUGAAGGAUUAGUUGCAAUGCUUUGGAAGACUAGAAAGCAUAGCAUGCUACUAUAUAUUGGUGAUUGAGUUUGUGCAGAUUGGAUAGUAUGCUGAGGCUUUUAUAGAGAGAAAAAUAUGAGCUCACCCCUCAAGAGUCACAUGCAGAUGUUCAACCAAGUUGAAAAUUAAGUGCAAUUUGGGAAACAAAGCAUGCAUUAUUUUCAUGGACAAUUCAUCGUGUUGGAUUCUGAAAGUUGGUAUCUGUAAUGGAAUCUGAAACUUGUAUCAUGGCUGAAGGGACAUUGAGCUGUACUAGGCAUCAUGCUAUGUGAGCAUUUCAUUUCUGAUUUGGAUUGGAGUAUUGGACUAGAGGUAUGUAUACUUUUUAAACUGUACUGUGCAAGUUGCAAUGUACAGAAUCGUUCGAUAGUUCC